AUGCAUCCGAGGAACUAUUUGACCCUACCAUACAAAUACUCAUGUUCCAAGCCAGAACGUUUUAACUCAGAGCCAUCCGCUUCAUUAGUAAGGCAUUUAUGUCCGCCACGCGGCAACGUGCAUGAGCUUGGCCGUUUGCGGGGUCCAGCAGACUUCCGGUACUUGAACCAGGUUGGAUCGCAGUAUUUUAGGGUGGCUUUGAAAUUUCCUGAGGAGGCACAAAGACACCGUUUGGGGAACCUGCAACUGCCAGACCAUUGUUUUGAAUGCGUGAUGUCCUGGCUGAACUACCGCGGACAACUAAUUGAAGUCGUCCACGCCACAAGCGAACCUAGUUCCAGCAGAACGCUGUUAACGGGUGACGGCUAG